AUGUCUACAAUGUCGACAAAGCCGCCUUCUAAAAGUGUCUUCGUGGGCAAUAUACCAUAUGGCCUCACCGAAGAACAAAUCGUCGAUAUCUUCAGCAGCGCCGGCAAGGUAUUGAACUUCAGACUGGUAUAUGAUAGAGAAACCGGUCGGCCAAAGGGCUUCGGUUUCGCAGAAUACCCAGAUUCAGAUUCCGCAUCAUCAGCAGUACGAAACCUCAACGAUUACGAGAUCAUGAAUCGAAAACUACGCGUUGAUUUCUCCAACGAUGCUGGGGGCGACGAUGAUAAUUCCGCCCCAGCAGGAUACCAGCAUCCACCCCCUUCAAACGGCAUGCCCAUCCCUCCCCCCUCACAAGCCCACAACGGCAACUCCACACUCCCCCCUCUGCCCCUGGGCAUCGACCUCCCCGCCGGCCUCGACUGCCCCGACGCCAUCUCGCGCACCCUCAGCACGCUCCCCCCACAACAACUCCUCGACGUGCUCUCGCAGAUGAAAACCCUGGCCACAACCGACCCCUCCAAAGCAACCGAGCUGCUGCACCAAGCCCCCCAGCUCUCCUACGCGAUCUUCCAGGCCCUGCUGCUUAUGGGUCUGGUGUCCACAGAUGCGCUCACGAGUGUGGUGGAACAAGCUACGAACACCGUACCAGCAGGCGCAUACCCACCUGGCUUCCCGCCUCCACCGCAACAUAUGAGCGGACAGCUUGGUGUGGGUACGCCGCCUGUUGCAAACCAUGUAUAUGCGCCGCCGCCUCCACCGCCUCAAGCAGUGAUGCCGGAUCAGGAGGCGUUGAUUGCGCAGGUUAUGGCGAUGAGCCAGGAGGUUGUUGAUUCGUUGCCUGCAGCGGAACGGCAGCAGAUUAUGGCAUUGAGGGCAACUUAUGGAAGGUGA